UUUGACAGAUGUUCAAGAGUUUGUGUUUCGUGAUUCUAUUGGCCUCGAAUGGCAGGGAGACUGCAUCAGCGGAAGUGAAUGUUUGGUUUCAAUCCGGGGCGGUUUCCAGGGAGGAAGGAGUUUUUUGUAUGCUAAAUCACUCCACACUGCAGAUAUACAGAUCCCAAUGGCUCUUCCACAGCAGCCAACAGCACUGGGCUCAGGUCUGGAGUCCCAGCCACUGGUCGCCACAGUCAGCGGCAAUGUCCAGAAAUAUGCCAUGAAGAAAAAGAAAGUUCUGAAUGCAGAGGAGACAGACCUGUUUGAGCUCACACAGGCUGCAGGCAUUGCUGUGGAUCAGGAGGUCUUCAAGAUUAUUGUGGAUCUGUUAAAGAUGAAUGUGCCCCCCCUGGCAGUGUUCCAGAUGCUCAAAGCAAUGAGUGCUGGACAGAGAAUCGCUGACACCUCCGCAGGAGAGAGUUCCUCCACUGGGUUACAGAGCGCCACGCCGGAGCCCAGAGUAGAAGAAUCAUUUGUCUCUGCCAAGAACAGUAAAAUCCCGGCACCACUCUCCUUUUCCUCUUCCCUUCGGCCUCCAAGACUAACCACUAAGAUGGUGGUCUGCGGUCCUGCUGAUGCUUGCUCGCCUCUCUCUCAAGGUCCCCCUGGUUCCUUCCAGUUUUCUUGCUGCCUGUUCGCACCCUUUGCAGUGAGAAACAAGCCAAGCCCUGUUGUGUGUGGCAGCCAGGUCCCAGCAGAGAGGAGUGGGCGUGACAGCUCCAGCCAGCGAGCUCCUCGCCAGCCCAGCGCCUCCAGGCUGCACAAGUCUGGGAAAAGCACAGGCAGCAGCAGCUUACAGCACAGCUCCAGUUAAUUACAGCGCACUGUCCAGCUCUGCGCUGCAACGGUCUGUCCCAAGGACUGACACGUCCACCUGUCUGUGGCACCAGACAUUUCUAUUGGACAAUACGUCAACAUUUAAAAAAAAAUACAUAUCAAAACAGUGUGUUUAAAAACGAAGCCCUUAGGUCGGUGUUGCCUAGCUAGUCACGUUCAAGUCAGUAUUUUGACAGCAUGUUGUGUAACGGCACAAGGAGUGUUCAAUAAGACGAAUAAAACAACUGUAACACAAAAAACAAACUAGCUGAAAAGAGGUUUUGUUUUUGCUGGUUGUAAUUCUGUUGCUUCGUAGUUGCACCUCUUAUCAUUAUUCCACACCUCCACACCCGUGAUUCCAGAUUGGGGACAGCAGCAUAGACAGAAAUAUUACUGAAAUUACCCUGACACCUGACAAUGCAUUGUUCCUUAGGCUCAGGGAGCAAUUUAUUUAUAUAAAUGCUUCUGUUAUGUUCUUGUGUUAUAUAUAAGCUUCCUUCUCCAAUCUCUUGAUUAAGAAGUAAUUGAGAGGCAGGUGUAGAGGGGUGAUUGACUGAAUACAAGGUACAAGCAAUGUUACGUGUGUGGGUUUCUGUCAGUCUGAAUGCUGACUCAUACCUUGUGACUGGGACGGGUCUCCCAGUAUAUAGAUGGAUGGGAGUGUAGAGGAGCAGAAACGAAGCAGCUGAACUAUAUAAAACCAGUCCAAUCACUAAUCACAGGGGCUAUAGACAGCGAAAAGGAGCGAGGUAGUCAUGACACUGGUUACUUAAAUUGCAGAAUUACCAGACCUCCUGGUAGAUCAAAGGUGGUGGCAGCAUAUUGGACUCUGCUUUUGCCAAGAUAAAAUUAGAUCGUAGUGGUGGGGACCAACUAAGAUGUAGCUUCGUUGAAACAUCUGCGCACAUAUAUGAGGCUCCAGUGGUUUUCCUCUGCCAGAUAACGAGGACAUCCCAGUGUUGAUGGCUGGAGUGUAAUGCUGACUCCAAGAAUUAGCUAAUUUGCGCCCUCCCUGGUGCAUCAGCACACAGGGGCAGCGAUGCUGGCUCCAGGGAUAAACCAUAGUGUGGCCACCCUGUCUGGAAUGGGCUAGGUGGGGCACUUCACAGGGAUUGACAGAUGGGCACCUCCAGUCUUCAGUGUUUUGUCGAUUUAGCCCACAACACUUGUCCCAGCACCACCGUAUCCACCCCCACCCAACCCAGCCCAGUUUACUUACCUUACCCAUCUAUUAUUUUUCACUGAUGUUAACUUCCUCCAUCACCUUUCUUUUGAGGUUUCCUCCUGAACCAGUCAGUUACUACUUCUCUGCCUCCUCGGAUAGAGCCUUCGUUCUCCUGUCCACUGAAUCCAAUAUCUCUGAGAAGCCUGGUCAUGGAGUGUGCGAUGAAUCCCCGACAACCCACCUCUACUGGAUGAACCCAGACUCUCCAUCUUCACUGGAUAAACCCAGACUCUCCACCCCCACUUCUCCACCUCCACUGGAUAAACCCAGACUCUCCACCUCAGCAGCUAGCUCAGCAUAUUGGAAUCCUCCCAUGGCACUGUUAGCUCCACCAGGAAAACAAGACGUGCUGAGACUGACCACAGGAUAAUGUCAGCUCGAAGGGCAGUUGUAGCAACAUCUGCUAGCAUUCUCCAAUUUCCACCAGCCUUCAACUGUCCCAGGAGGAUCUUAGUAGUGAGAACUGGGAGAAAUGGGGCAGCAAAGGAUGCAUGAAAGAUGCAAAGGCUGCCCUUCGUAUCAGUGAUAUCAUAUUUAUAAUUAUUUCCUGUAUCUGGUACUUGAUUUUACUCUUAUAGGUAUCCGUAUUCACGUUUUUUGUAAUUGCUCUUAUAUGAAAUCAUUCUCAUCCACUUAUCAUACUACGUACUCUUAAUGGACUACUCGUAUAAGCAAAUACUUUUACCAUAUGUUAAUGCUCCUAGUGAAACUCGCUCUUAAAGGUAAUUUACUGUAUUCUUUAUUUUGCUCUUAUUUGAAUUUGAUCUUAUUUUCUACUGAUUUUACUGUACUUUAUAACUGCUCUUAUCUGAAAUGUGAU